AUGAAGACGAUUUUAAUUUUAAUAACUAUAAUAUACAAUGUGCGGGCCUACACCGUUCCGCCGGCAACUUUAGAAGCCAUUUAUCCCAGAGGAUUGCGGGUUUCAGUACCAGAUGAUGGAUUUUCCCUAUUCGCUUUUCAUGGAAAACUCAAUGAGGAAAUGGAGGGUUUAGAGGGGGGACAAUGGUCACGUGACAUCACUAAGCCCAAAAACGGAAAAUGGUAUUUCAGAGAUAGAAAUGCCAAGCUGAACAUUGGUGACAAAAUCUACUUCUGGACUUACGUAAUCAAAGAUGGGUUGGGAUAUAGGCAGGAUAAUGGAGAAUGGACCGUUACAGAAUAUGUAACUGAAGACGGCAAACCAGUGGAUCCAAACAAGUUGCCACCACCAACACCCGCACCCACGCCCACACCCACACCCUCCGUCAAUACCCCAAUAUACACUCCACCAGUGACAAGACCUGUAACACAAAGCAGCUGCACUAUAUCUCCUACUGUCGUGAGAGGUCUACAAAGCGUUUGCGCUGGUCAGCUGAUCUUCAGCGAAGAGUUUGACAAGCCAAACGUUAGGGACCUAGUUAACUGGGAGGCGGAAGUCAGAUUCCCGGAAGAACCGGAUUAUCCAUUCAACAUUUAUCUGUCAGACGAUAGUUUAAAAAUGGAAGACGGCGCCCUAAACAUCUACCCAUUGCUGACUGAGAACAAGUUUAGAGAAGGAAUCCUGGAUGAAUCGUUGGAUUUAAGCAAUACAUGUACAGGCACUAUAGGCACAAGGGAAUGUAACCGCACAGCGUGGGGAGCGCAAAUCCUGCCUCCUGUAUACACCGGCAAAGUUACUACUAAAAACAAGUUCAAUUUUAAAUUUGGAAAAAUCGAAAUAAGAGCCAAAUUGCCUGGUGGCAAUUGGUUGAUACCAGAAUUAAACUUAGAACCCCACGAUAAAGUUUACGGAAGCGCAAGAUACGAAUCAGGACUUAUUCGCGUAGCAUUCGCAAAGGGGAACCCGACCUAUUCAAAGAAACUCUACGGAGGUGCAAUACUCUCCGAUACCGAUCCAUACAGGACUUAUCUGAUGAAGGAGAAAAUCGGGAUUGACAGCUGGAAUAAGGAUUAUCAUACUUACACACUGAUAUGGAAGCCAGAUGGUAUUGAUCUACUUGUUGAUGGAGAACAGUAUGGUUCAAUACCUGCUGGCGAAGGCUUCUACCCCAGUGCGAGAGAGCACGCCGUACCCCACGCAGCGUCUUGGCUCAAAGGAUCCGUGAUGGCACCUCUUGAUCAAGUGUUCUACGUGUCGCUAGGUCUUCGUGUGGGUGGAAUCCAUGAUUUUGCAGACGCUCCAGACAAACCGUGGAAGAACCGUGGCAGCAAGGCCAUGUUUGACUUCUGGCAGGCCAAGAACUCCUGGUUUCCCACGUGGUACCAAUCACAGAUGAAAGUGGAUUAUGUUAGGAUAUACUCGCUGUGA